AUGUCACGAACUCAGGCAUCUUCGCGCUCAACGUGCAAGUCACCAAAGAGAUACCUCGACGAUAACCGGGAAUGCGUCAAAUGUCCUCCUGAACGGGACUGUCCAGAACGUUCCUACAAGAGCAGAGAAUGCGGAUAUGGUUUCCAGACAGAGUGUUUGCCAUGUCUAAACUGUACCACAGUGUACCGAACAGAGUGGAAGCCGUGUACAGCUGCCUCACAGACAGAAUGCGGCGACUGUCUAGAAGGCUUCUUUACAUUCAUGGGGACUUGCGUCCAUGAAACAGCAUGGGAAGCUUCUACCUUCGUGUGGAGGAGCGAGUCGUCCAUGGAAGAAGUACUGACAACUAGAGCUUAUCAUACAGCAACUGUCGUUCCCAGCACCCCAGAAGUGGCCAUUGCACCCAUCACGACACCGCACCUACCGAUCUUCAUCGGUAUUUCAGCUAGCGCUGUCGUGCUGUUCUCCUUGCUGGGUCUGACUCUAACAACGUUUCGCCUGCGCCGGCGGAAAGCGAGACCUUCAAGUCGUGAACCAGAUUGUGAAGGCCCAGGACGUACCGACGAUGAUAUCCAUGGAGAUGGGUGUGGAGGCAGGGUGUCUCUUACAGACGAGCUGUCAUCGGAUAUCAUCUCAACCCUUAGACGGCAAGGAACUGAGUUAAGUACAGACUCAGGCUGUGAUGUGGCGUCAUCUGAUCAGGACAGUAGCGAUGUGGACAGUAGGAACCCGUCCUUAACAGAGUCUCUGAGUCCUAUAGAGAUAGUACAGUCGCCACAGUUUAAUACUAUGGAAGGGGAUGUUAACGUAUAUGCUAACCCUGCAGAGGUUGGCAUGUUUAAGCAUAACAAACUUUGGGUAGACGUUGCAAAUGCUACACUUGGUGUGAGUGGUGGUUGCCUUGGGCUCCCUGCAUUGGAUACGUACCUUUUCAUUGACAGUGUUGAAAGAGAUACUGACAUAGAGCUUGCUGUUCUAAAAAAUCCCAAGUACUUGCCCGCGCUUGCAAAGGGUGAAUCACUUGUCAGUCCCAUAAUUUCGUGUAGUCCACAUGGAGUAUCCUUUCAGAACCCUGCCUUGCUGAGCUUUCCACACUGUGGGGACGUGACGUCAUCUGACGUCACACUUCUAGUAAGUGACACGUCACUAGAUGAAGCCCCAAAAUGGCGGGAAGCCAGCUUGGACGGUAAUUGUGGGGUGAGCUACAUGGUCAAAGGCGGCGAGUGCCUUGUGUACACUUCCCAUUUCACCCUCUUUGGGUUGAAAGCAAAAUCCAAGCAAGUCAAAAUCAUGAUUUUUUCAAAGCUAGACAGGUUUUUCGAGGUCCACGUGUUUUGCGUUAACGAUACUCCUGAGUCACUGAAUGAAAUUGAAGCUCAGGAACGCGAGCAUGGCUUCCAUUUAAAAUGUCCACCCAAAGAAAUAAGAUUUGUCAGCAAUGACAAGGAUGUCAAGGUUAAAAUGAGUUUGAAUGCGACAGAUGGAUGGGAAAUUAUUACACAGCACAAAAAGAUGAUCGGAUACACGGCUGUUCAGCAGAACAGCAAUCCGUACGUGGCCUUUCACUUGCGUGCUGUCUCCCAGGACACCAGUUGUGCAUCUGUCCAUGUGGUCGCUUCGCAGAAAUCCAGUUCCUCCGUCGCGGAGUUUGAUUUUCUACUAAGUUUAACGUCUAGUGAAGAGAAAUAUACUCCUUAUCAUCCUUGUCCUCACGGAUGUUCAGCGAUAGAACAGUUCCUUUCAUCAGAGCAGUCCCCCACUCCUGAAUCGUUCCUAUACUAUCUAUCUAUCCCUAGAUCUACAUUCCAGCCGAAGGCUAUCUCACAGGACCUACAAGAAAAGCUAAUCUCACGUCUUGAUGUAAAAGUUGACACCGGCAAUGACUUUAGAUCGUUUGCGGAUGAGCUGGGAUUUGACAGUUUUCAGCGGACUUUGUUAGAUCAAAGGUUUGACAGCCCUACGCAUUGUCUCCUGAUGUACAUGGAGCUGCGCGCACAGAAAAUGCGACAAUCGAGCAGCGAAAUGUUACAAGAACUAGCUCAGAUCCUGAAGAAAAUUGAACGCUCUGAUUUGGCUACACUUAUCGAGACUCACUUGCAACAACGCCCCCUGUCAAUUGCUUCCAAUAGUACAGACAGUGGGUUAGGGCCGGGGAGUCCCAAUGGUAGUCAGUUGUCUGUGGCUACAUCCGCGUCUGGAGAGACCAUUGGUUUGGCUUCUCCACUCGACAAGCCACACUUAGAAACUACUGGUCUGCUCGAAGGCGAUCCCCAGAAUCUGUCGCCCACUGUACAUGUGGUUCACCCUGCUAGAACCGAAAACCAGGAUAACAGGAGCAAGGUAGAAACUGAAGUAUGAUGAGAAACUGCUCAAAGGGGGAAUUUCUUAUGAAUGUAGGAUUAAAACGGCCUUUGCUGGUAUGUUGUCCAAGAGAUAUCCUAAAUGUACAUAUAAGUAAAGUUGUAAGAUAUUGUCCGAUGCCAUGCAGGAUGCCGAACACUAUUGCAUAUCCAUUUCUGUGUGGUACGUAACACCCAUGUACCAGUUUAAGUGUGAAAUAUUGUACUGUGCAGCAAAACAGAUGUUAUUGUAGAUUUGUUGUUUUUCACGAUAACCAUUAUCAUGUGUUGUGGUGGUGAAAUGU